ACCACAGAGAGUCAGAACAGAAGAUUGAUGAAAUCUAAACAGUUUUUUUUAUAGAAUCGCCAAUUUUAUCUGUAGAAAGGUCUGUCCUAACACUGCUAAAAAGCCUUAAAAACUUGCUUAACCUACUCAAAAAAAAAAGAAAUCAAAAUUUGCAAAACUUUUUGGACCCACAACAAGAACCUAGAAACAUAAUCAACCUCAAUUACCCUUCCCAUUGAAAUUUAUUUGCACUUUCUUGACCUUCAACUCUGUGACUAUUUAAACAACAGACAGAGUGACCAAACCAACACAGUAGCCUAUGAACUCUUUUUAGCUCAUGCAGUAGCACGAACCCCAAGAUUCUGAGACCGCUUAUAGAUUUCUUCGCUACAUUGUCCUUUUUCUCUUUCUUUCUCCCUCUUUUCUCUGUUUGAGUGAAGUGCUCAUUUCUCCAGGUCGACUGUUUGCACUUCACAGUCUUUAAUGGUUGAUAGUAAUCUGGCCAGAAUUUAGCUCUCUUUUUUAUCAAACCCACUUCAAUUCUGCUUUUUAACAAAUACCCAGAAAUUGGUUUCAGAGACUGUUAGCUGAUCAGUAAUGAAGAGAAAGCGGUUAGAUGAAUCUAAGCAUCCAUUUGAAGCAUAUCCUUUUGAGGCCUGGUACAGCGGCUCAUGGCAGAGUGUGGAGUUCAUAGAGAUUCGAGAUGGGGUUAUGACCUUACAUUUUGCCAAUAAUCAUCAUUUGAUUGAGGAGAAGGGUCCUCCCUCGAAUUUUCGUGUAAAGUCGAGGCAAGCAACUGUAUCUGAUUGCACUUGCUUUUUGAGGCCUGGAAUUGAUAUUUGUUUGCUUUCAACCCCUGAAAAUGAAGAAAAUUCAGAGGUAUGGACUGAUGCUAGAAUAAAUUCUAUAGAAAGGAAGCCUCAUGAACCUCAAUGCGAAUGCCAGUUUUUUAUUAAACACCAUGUUAACCAAGGUCCUCUUGGAUCAGAGAAAGUAAAACUUAGUGAAGAGAUUGAGGUAGUAGGAAUAGACCGAAUUCGCGUCCUUCAAAAGCUUGACAAAAUUCCUUCUGAAGGUCAAUUCUACCGUUGGGACUCCUCUGAGGACUGCUCCACUGUACAAAGAACUAAAUUGUUUAUAGGAAAGUUCUGCUCUGACCUUACAUGGCUAGUUGUGGCAUCUGUCAUGAGGCAAAUUGCAUUUGAUGUGAGAUCAGUUCAAAACAAAAUUGUUUAUCAAAUUUUGGGCUGUGAUGAUGAUUGCUCUUCGAUAAAGCCAAAUAAUCAUUUGAACGCUUUAAGUUUCAAGGUAGAGAAUGAUAUUUUAACACCACUUGUCCUCCAAUUUGCUCCUACUGAGGCUGAUCCUGCUCCUGACAUGUAUGGAGUGGAUUCGGACGAAGCAUACAGUGUUAAGAACUUGCGGCGAUCUAAGCGUCGAAAUGUCCAACCUGAGCGUUUCCUUGGCUGUGAUCUGCCUCCCGGGGCAGAUGUUGGAUGGGUUCGAUCCAUGCCAUACAAACCAGAGAAAUGGAAGGAAGAUGAAAUGUUCUUACCACUUUCUUUCCUAUUUGGUCAAAAUGCAAGUUCUUCUCCAGAGAAAAUAGAGGGAGAAAUGGGAGUAAGUACUCCUCAAAUAGACUCUCUUGAGGACCUCCCUCUUUCCAAACUAAAGAAGAGAUCAAGGGAGGUUAAAUGGGGCACUGUUAACAGAAGGGAACAUAAAAACGAACUUGCUAUAGUUCCUAUCCCUGCUGAAAGUGAUUCAGAACCUUUUGAAGAAAUGAAUUCCCCUGAAAAGGAUCCUGGAAAUGAUUCACGAGAGACCAUUAAUGAUUUCUCAUUCAGUUAUUAUAGAAAAAAAGGUUCUCCAGCAGUACGAAAGAAGAAUUCUUAUGAAUUAGAUGAUAUGGUGGUUGAGACUACUAGAUGGAAGGGAAGACCACCAAAGACGAAUUUUCAUAGUGGCGGGUACCGGCGUUCUAUACCUACAAAGAGGGGUGAUGCUGGUGAGCCACUGAAAUAUAAGAAGACAACCUUAAGUGCAGGGGCAUACAAUAAACUCAUAAAAUCUUACAUGAAGAAUAUUGAUUCAACACUCAUGUCAAAGGAGGAACCGGAUAUUAUUGACCAAUGGGAACAGUUUAAAGCGAAAAGGCACACCGUGCAAUCUGAUAAAAAAGAACUAUCACCAACUGAGGAUGAUGGUGAAGAAUCUGAAACUGAAAUGUUGUGGAGAGAAAUGGAGUUAUCUUUGGCAUCAGCUUAUCUUCUUGAUGAACAUGAGGUUCGAAUUACGACUGAGACUAUGCAAAAAUCAAAUGAAAAUUGCCAGCAUGAAUUCAAGCUUGAUGAAGAAAUUGGGAUUUUAUGCCACUUAUGCGGCUUUGUAAGCACUGAAGUAAAAUUUGUUUCAGCACCAUUCGUGGAAUAUGUAGGCUGGACUGCAGAAAGUAGGCCAUGCAUUGAUGAAGAUUCACGUAAUCCAGGAGAAGAUGAGGGCUUAAAUCUUUUUGGGAAGUAUGUUGCAGCUGAAAACAUGUCUUUCUCAGAGGAAAACAAUAAUGUAUGGGCCUUAAUACCUGAUCUUAGGAUGAAAUUACAUUUGCACCAGAAGAAAGCUUUUGAGUUCUUGUGGAAAAAUAUAGCCGGGUCAAUUAUUCCAGCAAAUAUGGAGAAAGCAUCCAGGAAGAUAGGUGGUUGUGUUGUCUCUCAUACUCCUGGAGCUGGAAAAACUUUUCUCAUUAUUGCGUUCCUUACUAGCUACUUAAAGUUGUUUCCAGGAAAACGGCCUUUAGUCCUUGCCCCUAAGACAACACUCUAUACGUGGUACAAGGAAUUUAUCAAGUGGCAAAUUCCUGUCCCUGUUCAUCUAAUACAUGGUCGCAGAUCCUAUCAUAACUUCAGGCAGAAGACAGUUGCAUUCCGAGGAGGUCCAAAACCCAGUCAAGAUGUUAUGCAUGUUUUGGAUUGCUUGGAGAAAAUUCAGAAGUGGCAUGCACAACCAAGUGUUCUUGUCAUGGGUUAUACUUCAUUCCUGACAUUAAUGCGUGAAGAUUCAAAGUUUGACCACAGAAAAUAUAUGGCUAAAGUGUUACGGGAAAGUCCAGGACUCUUGGUACUAGAUGAAGGGCACAACCCAAGGAGUACUAAGUCAAGGUUAAGGAAAGUCUUGAUGAAAGUCCAAACGGAUCUUAGAAUAUUGCUUUCAGGUACUUUGUUUCAAAAUAAUUUUUGUGAAUAUUUCAACACGCUGUGUCUGGCAAGACCAAAGUUCAUAAGAGAAGUUCUAAAGGAGUUAGACCCAAAGUUCAAGAGGAAAAAGAAAGGGGAGGAAAAAGCUCGCCAUUUGCUAGAAUCCCGAGCAAGGAAAUUCUUCUUAGAUAUUAUUGCAAGAAAAAUUGAUUCAAAUACGGAUGAAAGAAUGCAGGGAAUUAAUAUGCUAAGAAAAAUUACUAGUAGGUUUAUUGAUGUGUAUGAGGGGGGACCUGCUGAUGGCCUUCCAGGUUUACAAAUUUACACCAUAUUGAUGAAUUCGACAGAUAUACAGCAUGAGAUUUUGGUGAAACUCCACAAAAUUAUGUCUACAUAUCAUGGAUACCCACUGGAAUUGGAACUUUUGAUAACUCUUGCAUCAAUACAUCCUUGGCUGGUCAAAACUUCUAACUGUGUUAACAAAUUUUUUACUUGGGAUGAAUUGGUGCAAAUUGAGAAGCUGAAGUUUGAUUUCAAGAAAGGGUCCAAAGUGAUGUUUGUCUUGAAUCUCGUGUAUCGUAUAGUCAAAAAGGAGAAGGUUCUAAUCUUCUGCCACAACAUUGCACCCAUUAAUAUAUUUGUUGAGUUGUUUGAGAAUGUCUUUAGGUGGCAAAGGGGUAGAGAAAUUAUGGUCCUGACAGGGGACCUCGAGCUGUUUGAACGAGGAAGAGUGAUGGAUAAGUUUGAGGAACCUGGAAGUCCUUCAAGAGUACUUCUUGCAUCAAUCACAGCUUGUGCUGAAGGAAUUAGUUUGACGGCCGCUUCGCGAGUAAUCCUAUUGGAUUCAGAGUGGAAUCCUUCCAAGACAAAGCAGGCUAUUGCGAGAGCCUUCCGGCCAGGUCAACAAAAGGUGGUCUAUGUUUAUCAGCUCCUUGCAACUGGUACACUCGAAGAAGACAAGUAUAGUAGGACAACAUGGAAGGAGUGGGUAUCUAGUAUGAUAUUCAGUGAGGCAUUUGUGGAGGACCCUUCUCGAUGGCAAGCAGAAAAGAUUGAAGACGAUGUGUUGAGAGAGAUGGUGGAGGAGGACCGCGUUAAGUCAUUCCAUAUGAUAAUGAAGAAUGAGAAGGCUUCAACAGGAUAAUGAGAGGCUAGUUUUUCUAUAAUAAUGAAAUAUAGUCUUGAAGCUGCUUAGGGUUGCUGGACACUGGAAGAUUCCAGUAAUUGCAGCAAUGUAGGUAAACAGCAUGAAUCUGCUGAAGUAGGCCAUAUGUUCAUGGUAAGCUCUCUGUCCGGCUAUUCAGUUGUCAUAGCAAUUUCCAUUCUCUGCAAAAAUAAUUACUAAUAUCUUAAGUCUAGUUGAAUAACCCUCUUACUUUUCUUUACCAAUUUUUUUUUGGUUAAGCAUUAACCGUAAUUUACCAUCUUUUAGAGGGAAAAUUCAUUCAGAGUAUCUUUCUCAAACAUGCCUUCAUCAUAAAAAGCUCCUCGAUUUUUGGGAAAGUAUAGCAAAUGAGAUCUUAUUAUUAUUGGAAACUUUAUUUCUCAUCUUAAAAAGUUGAAAUAUUGGAUGAGACAAUGCUGAACUUCCUGAGAGUAGAAUCUUUCAGGAACUAAUUCUUUCCAGAGAUUUUUUUUUUAUAGUAAUGGGUUGGUGUUGCCAUGAACAUAUCUUUGCAUCUAUUGCUGUUUGUAAUUGGACACAGGAACAUGGAAAUAACUGCUUUAUCAACAA